UCUAUUCCGCACGGAAUUGUAUUCCGAUUGAGGCGUAUUAUAUUAUAUUAAUACGCCUCAAUCGGAAUACAAUUCUCUGAUCUGUAGAAUUAAUUUAUAAACAUAAUUGGCUCAAAAAGCAGGAAAGGACCAAGCUGCUGAAAUUUAAACCAUAGUGUGACGGAGCUGGACCAUUAUUCAUUUCUUUUCCAGAUAUUUUAGAUUUUCACCAUGGUAUCGGUUCAAUAUCGAGUAUCGAGGUAUUUUCGGGCAGGUAUCGUAUGGAAAUCAUAAUUUUGGUAUCGUGUAACACUGGCCCCGGCAGAGACUUUCAAAGUUUACAGCAAAUCCCUUGUCCAAUUUCCUCAAGGAAGAUCCCAAGCAAAUUAUCUUUUAAGUUGAAUAGUGGAGUUUUUCUUCAAGCCUCCCUAGAGGCUCAUAGUUAGAACAUAGACCCAAAAUGUUGAACUGUUGUAAAAGGUUGAUCAAUGGAAUUAAACAAUGAGAGAACAAAGAUUAAUCUCAUGAGGCUGUGUUGAGGGUUUAAAUAUUCAGAAGCACAAACCUGCAUGUUGAGAUUAUCGUGGUUAAGCAAGCUUGUAAUUCACAAAAUAUGUGAGUGCUUCUCUUCUUUAAAAAUAACUGGUCUUUGUUAUCACCCCGGCCCUACGCUGGUUUCUGACAUUAAUGUAUGUCAAGUCCUGUUCUCAAAAGAUAAUGAUGAACAGUGUGCAUUAUCAAGAAACUGCAUUGCCAGCAGGACCCUGCUGUCCUUGGUAAUCCCAAAUGUAAUUCCAACUAGUUGAAUGUAUUAAGAUAGAGGAGGAAUUGAUAUCAAAAUGUUUUUUUUACACGUGGUUGUAUUAUGGGGGGGGGACCUGGGGUGUGGCUAUACCGAUGUAGCCUAAAAGUCUAUGAUAGCCGUAUGCUAAAUGACCAUGAUUUGCUGCAAGCUGAGAUAUGAAGCCCCUCGCGCAGUUCAAUGCGCCCAUCAAUGCUGCUGUCUGCUGAUGGAAGAAUAGGUUAGUCCUGUGCUUCGGUUCUGAACCGCGGCCCACACUGAAGGCCACAGUUGAGUUUGAAUCAGUUGGGUCAUAUCAAGGUCCCUCACUCCCUCAAUAAGCGACCCCCGCCCCCCCUCUGUGUUUCUUUCUUUGAAGCACACUCACGAGCCCCUCCCCCAAGACAAGAAAGGAUCUGGCUGCCUGCCCCAUCUGCGCAGGCUGGUCUCCCACAGCCUGUAGACACAGCUGCUGGGGGCCUUUGUCCCACACAGCUCCCAGUGCUGAACUCCAGUGAGAGACACCCCUUCCCGACACCUUCCUUAAUAUGACCCAGAUUAGGCCUAAUUUGCGGAUCCUAUGCUCUGACCAGCAGAGAGUUGACCGUGUCUCAUCUUGCUCUUUUGACCCUGGUGGUUCUGACCUGAAGAGGUAUGUCCACCAUGACUCAGUCCACCCGCUAGUCGCUGCUGCUUUCAGAACUAAAUGUGGCUCCGGUGGUGUCAUCUAUCCUUUUCUUUCUCAUGCUUCCUCUUCUCCUAGCCAGACAUCCAGCUCAUUUAUUUCCUCCCUCAUCUUCUUUGAAUGAGGCCCUUGGAACCACUUUCCGCUAGCGGAGAUGUUCCAUAAAGUUUGAGCCUCCAUGAAGUGCUGCACAAUGCUGUUGUGAUUGAUCCCUCCCAGGGUGUUAAAAAAUGAAUUUGAAUCAGCCACUUGUGCAAUUUACAUUGCAGAAGUCUGAUUGGUGUAUCAUCUGCUGAGGCCACAAUAUCUUCAUUUUUUGACGCUGCAUGCACUGGGCACCAUUGAGCACAUGACCUCUCCGGGUCAUUAUUCCACCAUUAUGCACUCAAGUAUGGAGUUUAGUAGAGCAUUGCUACAAAUGUUUCCCCUCAACACUAAAGUCCUGUCCCCUGUACACCGUUCAAACACUGGCCUUUGUACACAAAUGGACCAUUGGAUUGGAGUGUAUGUUUGAUUUGGAUCCCUCACACACACACACACACACACACACACACACACACACACACACACACACACACACACACACACACACACAAUGUGUGUGUAUCCGCCUGCUGUGCCACAUCCUCUUUUCAGGUAAAAAAAAAUGGACACCUGACAUGCUAAAUGCAAAGGUCUUUACCUUCCCUCCAGAAUCUUUGCAGUUGCGCUGCGUCUCUGUUGCUGUAGAGUCCAGAUGACUGCAGACUCUACCAUAUAUGGUCAUUUACUGGUCUGUGCCUGACACCCUUCCAAAACCAUUUCCUUGUUGCGCUGCAAUUGGCUGCUGCUAGCAAUGCCGAUACACAUGAACUCUGGGAUAGGCUGAGAGAGGAAGAGCAGGCAGGAUGGCUGAAUCGGUUCAAGCCUUAUCUAUCUUUCCAAGUCACUUACUGUAGAGUAGCCAACAAGAUUACAUUUUUUUAUUUGCUAGUAUUAUUGACAUUGCCAAUGCUCAUUGUAUGGCCUGGUUAUUAAUGUGUAUGACAUUCAAAUACAAUGAACACAUUUAUUGUCAAGUUAAAUGCUAUUGUCUCUAGCAUGUAACAUAUUCAAUCUAACCAGUUGCAUUGUCCUAGAUAAUAUUUCACAUUUGGUAACCUAUCUGUCUGUUUCAAGUGUUUCCUGACUUAUCUUGUUCCCUACUUCAGUUCCCACACAAAAGCCUAGUCAGAAUAGGCUGUAACUGCUGUUCAUGACUUUUUCUCAGGAGCUGGGCGGAAUGCAUGGCAAACCCUAGUUCAUGUGUUAGUCACAUGUGGACCCGGAGGAAUCUAUCUAUACAGAUCUACUGUGCAGAAAAACUAAUUUCUUAUCUUUAUCAAUUGAAUUAGUGUUUGCAGAGCGUGCUCUGUAUCUUUGCAGUGUUUCUCUAUUUCAUACUAACCUUGCAUGUUGCUAUGCAACACAAGCAACUGCAUGGCCUCAGACAUUCCUCUGUUAGGAUAAAAAUGUGUGUAGUAUUUUUUAGACAUGUUAGUUAAUGGUUUGAUGGCUGUGACUUGAAUCUCCAUUUUUGGGUAUGUGUUUUGAAUCUGCUAAUUUCUCGUUUUCCUGGAGAUGGUUGGUGCUUGCACCUCAAUUUCUUGCUAAGCUUAUUAUAAGCAAUAGUAUGGAGCAUUUGGUUACCUGCAAGUCCUGCUUAUGUAUUACCUGAUAUGAAUUAAAUCAUCCAGUGGGUAUCAUGGUGUUGCAUUUGGAUAGUUGGUCUUGUUAUGGCGCCUGCUGCUAAGGUGUUGGGACAUACAGGCAGAGAUUUUUCAGCAGAGUUUUGUAAAGCAAAACAUAUUUUAAUAAAUUUUGAGGGAACAGCAUAAAGCUUACCAAACAACCAUCUUGUUUUGCUGGCAUUGGCCGAAGGCUGGCCGGCGAUAGCUGUUUUCCAAGUUUGAUAAUUAGUUGGCAUUGCUGAACUCUUAGCAUAAUCACACAUCGGAUGAUUACAUAAUCAUCCUAUCAAAUCCUGUUUGCACAAGCCCGGGUCGAGCAAGAUACAACAGUUCCUCAUUACCUUCCAUAUUUAUAUUUCUAAAAAAUAAAUUGGCAAAAAACAUGGCAGCAGCUUGAUUGAGCUCGCUCAUACCUCCCCCAAAAUUAACUCUCUAAUUCGAAUUUAUCUUACAUCCAAAUAGGAAAUAAUUAGUGUUGCACCGAUUCCGAUACCAGUAUCGGAAGGAGAUCCGAUCCAGCACUAAAAUGGUGGUAUCGGAAUCGGCGAGUACCAACAAAUAGUGCACCGAUACCAUUUUGAUGCUUGUAUGUCACUUAAACGUAGCCUUCUCUCUCCCGACACUCACUAUCGCUAUUGGCCUGCUCCAGACCAAUGAGCGGGCCAAUAGCCGCUCUUAACCGUCUUUUUCAUGCGGCGGGAAAACAAACCAGGAGAAGAAAAUGUCUGCAGUGUGGAAUUAUUUCAUUAUAGAAACGCCGGCGAGUACAUUGGCUAAAUGCAAGAUUUGCGACCUGAAAGUUUCGAGAGGUGGAGUUAAACGGGGCAGUUUCAAUACCUCGAACCUGAUAAAACAUUUGAAGUCGAAACAUGUGAACGAACACAAAGAGUUCGAGACUGAGGCAACUGCAGCUAGCAAGAGAAAGCGGGAUGGACCGCAGCAACGAUCCCUGGUCAGUUCACUUCGUGUGAAAGAGCAGUGGGACGAGAAGAGUGAAGCAGCAAGACAGAUGUCCGAGAAAAUAACCGAGAUGACUUCUCUGUAACCUGCCCCUCUCCUUCGUUGAAAGCGUGGGCUUCCGGCUUUUUAUGGCUAACGCAGUACCUAAGUAUAAGGUCCCAAGUCGCAAAUACAUCACGGGGACGACUAUCCCUGCACUAAAACAUAAAGUAACGGAGCAUGUUUUAGGAAAGCUAGGGGAGGCAGGGACCAUAAGCUUUUCAACUGACAUCUGGAGCAGCCAAGUCUCCCCACUUUCCCUGCUUAGCUUGACAGCCCACUGGGUAAACUUGGAAACAUUCACUCCAGAAAGCGUCAUACUUCAUGCGAAUGAAUUCAAGGGAUCACACACGGGCGAAGCUAUUGCAGGAGCAAUAGAGCGCAUGCUGCUCAACUGGAGCAUCCCGAAGUCAAAGGUAACGUAAGUUUUCUAGUCUAGACUUUGAAAGAAAUGCCGCAGUAAUUUGCGGCAGUAAUUUAAGCCGUAAAGGGGGUGUGUGUGUGUGUGUGUGUGUGUGUGUGUGUGUGUGUGUGUGUGUGUGUGUGUGUGUGUGUGUGUGUGUGUGUGUGUGUGUGUGUGUGUCGUGCUCUCUAUUGCGACUUGUCUAUUUAAUAUAGCACUCGUGGGAGUAGGGUAGGUAAGGGAUUAUCCCUUACCUACUACCCCACUCCCACGAGUGCUAUAUUGCUUUUAUAAAACAAUUCUACCGUCAACAAAUUAACAUUUCAACACAAAGCUUUGGUUAGUUUUUAUUAUUAUAAUUACAUUAUUAUUAAUAAUAAUAUUAUUAUUAUUAUUAUUAUUAUUAAGGGUCCAUGCCAUUCUUCGGGACAAUGCAAGCAAUAUGAAGAAGGCAAUGAGGGACCUGGGAGUCUCCAGCCUGGGAUGUUUCUCGCACAUGAUUCAACUCGUGGUGCACGAUGGACUGCUGUCCCAGCGAAGUGUGAGCGAUGCGCUGGCCAGUGGGAGAAAAAUAAUUGGGCACUUCAAACAUUCCCCAUUGGCCACAUUAAGACUUGAAACUGUCCAGACGGGACUGGGAAUGCCAGUCAAACGUCUGAUCCAAGAUGUUCCCACCCGCUGGAACUGCACCUUUUAUAUGACUGCGAGCCUGCUGGAGCAAAAGAGUGCCAUCUCACUCUAUGCUGCAGACCACCAGCUCCCAGCAACACUGACAGCAAGUGACUGGACCUUGCUGGAGAAAAUCAACCCUCUUCUGGCUCCAUUUGAAGAGAUCACAAAACGGAUCAGCUUCGCCACCUCCACCACCUCAGAGGUCAUCCCCUCAGUCAUCGUCCUGAAGCGUCUGUUGGCCAAACAGACCACAGAGGACAGCGGGAUAAAAACAAUGAAGGCGACACUUCUAGCAGCUAUGGGCACAAGAUUCCAGACCGUUGAGGCGGAGCCCUUGUACUCUGUUUCAACCAUAAUGAACCCACGUUACAAAGACAGAUACUUCAUAAGUGCAGAGAGCAGCAAGCUUGCAAGAAGUGCACUGACCCAAGAGGUGGAGAAAAAUGAGGAGUCAUCACUGCAGACAACCACCACCGAGGCAGCAGACCCAGCCAGUAAGACCCCAAGGAUGACAGCAGAGCCCAACACAAGCAGCUGCUUUAAGGGGCUGUAUGAGGAAUUCCUGCAAGAGCAUGCUGCUGAACAAGGUGGGGCCAGCAGCACAGUUACACAGGUGCAGAUAGAGACAUAUCUGGCUGAGAAAACAAUCCACCGCACAGAGAGCCCAUUCGAGUACUGGGGAAAGAAUAAAGAAUGGUUCCCCUCCCUGGCUACUACAGCUGCAAAGUUUCUCUCCGCUCCCUCCACCAGCGUAGAUAGUGAGAGGCUUUUCAGCACAGCUUCUAACAUACUUGAUGAGAAGAGGAAUAGGCUGUCAGGAGAUCAUGUAGAAACACUAAUCUUCCUCAAGAAAAAUCUGCCAAUGUACCUGAGCUUGAACCCCAAAGACUUGAAUCCUCAAAAGUAAACAAGAGUAAACACUACUAGGUGUUGUGUGACAGAUCUGUCACUGAUUAAUGCUAUUUGUUCUUACCUCAGAUACGUUAAAUUAAUGCAGCUAUCUCUCAAAUGUACCUCAUAUGUAUAUUAUUUCUUAUUUUAAUACAAUUUAACGUUCUACUUCUUACUGUUGCACUAGUUUUAUACACUAGUAUUAUGUUAUAAUUUUAUGAAAGUUGCACUAUUUUGGCAUUUGAGAGCCAAAACUCAGGGUUUUUAAGAGUUUGUAAUGUAUUUUUAAUGUAAUGUCAUUUUAAUGUAUUUUACUUUCUUACUGUUGCACUGUAACUGUUGCACUGUUCACUUCUAUUAUACAUGUUCUAAUUUCAUGAAUGUUGCACUAUGUUGGCCUUUGAGAGCCAAAAGUUUAUUCAGCUAUUGUUGUCACCCAUACCAGGUAGGCAAUAAAAAGUUCUACUGGA